AGGAUAACUUUGGUCAUUGACAUUGUGGCCUGCUGAUGCGAAUUUGAUUGCGCGGCUUAAGGCUAAGCAUUCACCCUUGUUACCCUAUAGCUAUACCUUCAACACAUAGACGAAUAUCUCGAAGACUCUUUGUUUGUAGGGCUAUAAAAAGUCCUUUCGACAUCAUCGUGGUUCGUAUUUUAUAGUGUACAACACAUUCUCGCUCAUCAAACGGAGCAGCUAUCAUCUUCGGAUCUACAUCUAGAUCUACCAGAAGAUCGUAAAUGAUUUGAACCUGCAACUUCGUUCAUCAUGGAAUAAACAUAAGUGGUAAUUUCAUUGAUGUACUGUUGCUAGUCGUUUUUACAUUGAAGAUCAUUGCAGUAGCAUUGGCACGCAUAUUGACUCUACUUUUUACUGAUUUCAUCAAUUCCGCCACGAGUUCAUUUCAUUUUCGUUCAUCUUCAUACUUUUUGUAAUACUUUUAUCCUUCCAGCACUUACACCACCUACACGCACAAUUAUUGUCUCUUCUAUAUACACGUCUCUCGAUCUUGUUCGAAGACCACUGAAGAACAACUAAAAAAAUACUUAGAAUCAGAACAUCGUCUUCGUCAAAAAGAAAACCUCAAACACCAUGAGUCGUUAUUCAAACGGAAGCACCAGAAGCAGCCAGAUGGAUGAGGACGGCGAUACUUGCUGCAGCGGUCUUCUGGGGAUGGUCCCUGAAGGAGACGGAUCUGGAGCUGGUGGGCGAGCAAGCACCGGACGAGCAAGCACCCGACGAGGAAGCACCAGAAGCAGCCAGAAGGAUGAGGACGGCGGUCCUUGCUGCAGCAGUCUUCUGCGGAUGUUCCUUGAAGGAGACGGAUCUGCAGCUGGUGGACGAGCAAGUCGUCGAAAUGGAAAUGGUUCCGCUCCUGGUUCUUCUUUCCAAGCAGCUAUCCAGGGCAACUACGCCAGUUUGAUUCCUUCCUGCCUUCAGGUUGAACAAAUCGAAGUGCGCAAGGGAGCCCUGAUCGAUUGCGUCAUCUUUCAGAUGCGCGAUGGCACUCGCAAUGUCUGCGGGAAUGAGGAAGGAGGCGACGCCCAAGACCCAUUUGUUCUCGAAGAUGAAGAAUUCAUUUGCUCAAUGUGUCAGGUGUCGCAGUUCAUUCACUGGGCUGGGGGUGAUGCCCUCAUCUACCUCGCCUUCCGCACAAACAAGGGUCGCAACUUCUCGGUCGGGGAUGCUAAUUCUGUCGACCAUGGAAACAAAACCUUUUGGAACGCUCCCUUUGGAAAAGUUGCUGUCGGUGUCGAACUGGUCGAUGAAGACUUGGAAGGCCGCAUUUGUCCUCCUUUGAAAGGGCUGAAGCUUGCUUUGUUGGAAAAAGUGCUCGACGAAGCAGAUUUAAGACUCAACAUUCUCAUAGUACUAAUAAUUUAGAAGACGCUUUCUUGAGAAGUCAGUAGAUCAGUCUAGAUGUCUACUUUCACACUAUGUAUAGUUGUAUACUCUGAUCCGUCUUUACAUUUUUGUGUUUUGAGGUAAUAUAGGGAUUAUGAAAGAAAUAGAAGAGAUGAAAAUAGAUAUCCACCAAGAGCAGCUCUGUACAACUAAGUGUAAGGUGGCUCAUUUGUUUCUUUUUCUUGUAGCCGUAUACAGAUGUUUUUAUCUUGAGUUUAGGUGCUAUAAUCUAGAUCUACUUUGUUCUUACAGCUCUUAGCUGUAAACAUGAACAAUAGCACAACGUGACCAUCUUAGCGUUUACAUCCUCCCUCAUUCCUGUACUUCUCGGCUCUUUUCUCACGCAUACCAGUUUUUCUGGUAGCUCUUCUAAUAGAUGGGGAGAAAAUGAAGGUGAAGGCGUUUGUGAAAGAUUCGACGUUGGCAAAAAAGCUAAAAGCUUCCGAUUUACAAGUUUCCCGUGUCGAAUGCCGUGCUGGCGCAUUGAUUGACUGCGUCACCUUCGUUCGAGCAGCUGAGGACAACUCAAGCAUCAAGGAAAAUGAGAUUCGUCAGGUCGCUGGUAACCCAGACGGUGGUGCUUUGCAAGAACCCUGGGCCUUGGCUCCAGGCGAGAUGGUGGUGGCUGCUAAGCAGGCUCUUGUUGGGGAACAACAGAACAAUCCUGGUAAAACCGAGCUGUUAGCCUUGUCCUUAACAACGAAUUUUGGGCGUGUCUGCAAUUUCGGGAAAUGGACAGACUUCUCGUCUGGACCGAUCACUUGGACAAACAGAGCGUGCUAUCGCGGUCCUUACCGUGGUAACGAACUCGUUGCCCCUGGAACAAGCGAUGCAGCCAAGACUACGAGUGCUUGCAUCGGUGUCGAAUUGCAGUGGAACCAGGGAUUUUGUCCCGGGUUAGUGGGAAUGACCUGCCGAAGCCUGGAUCCCACUGUGAGUAAAGCAGUGAAAGCGGAUACCAAAAAGAAAACCCAUUUUAAGGCUUUUUUCCCCUAAGAGUGAGUCCAUCUUCAGACAUCAGAGGCAUCUUGUUGCUUGGGGCACCCUCCUCUCCAAGGGUGGAAAACCAGACCCAAGAAGAUCACUGAUUUUCAGGAUGGAUAUGGAAGAUUGUUCCCCUUCGUCCCCCAGCAGAUCUAUUAUUUGUAGUUCUAACUAUUGCCCUCAGUGUGAGUGUCAGUAUGAGGAGAUCGACGUGACAGAGAUGGGGUGGCCAGAAGACAGCGAAUACCCAGGUGAUGCAGUCAAAUGGAUCUGCAAUUAAGGCCUCACUUAAUCCAUCUUUUAGCUCUUCAUCUGCACGCUGUUUUCAAACAAGUAGAAAAGUGGACACAUAUGAGGCAAAAGAUGGGCUAGUUGUAGUAAAUUGAUUGUGAGUUCUAAUGUAAGGAGUGUGACGAGUGGGUCUGCGACGAACUGGCAAACUGUGAACAUGAUAAGAUUCUCUACUGCAAAAACUGCAAUUAUUGUAAGCACGCUCCCGGAUUUGGAUGCAAUGAAGAUGAUGGAGCAGGCGGUGAUGGAAAGAACUUAAGGCUAGUAGACACUCACUUCGAACACAGUCAGUCUGGUGUGACCACGAGGUGUCCUGACCCGUCGAUGAGAUUAAGCAACUCACGCAAGAACUGCAGAUAGUGAGUGUCUCGCGUUAAGAAACGAAGAGAAGCGACCAUCGUCCUCGCGCAAAAAGAGCAGCUAUCGUGUUUCAGGUGCAUCGCAAGAGCAAGGUCUUCAAUUAAGGCUGAAAAUAUUUCAUUUCCAAGAGUCAUUUUUCUCUGUAUAGCUAUAGAUAUUAAUGAAUGUUAAUCCUUCUUAAAAAAAUCUUGAGAAAUGGGCUACAGAAAUGAUAAUGAAGUUGAGCAAAUAUCUUGAGUUCUAAUUGAAGCUGGUCUUCACAAUUUGAAGCGUCUGCCUCUCGAGCUGCGUUUGUAUUACGAGAAUAAUCGUCGACUUCUCACCUUUGCCCUUGGCGAUCAGUUAGGAGGUGACGAAAACCUCCGUGACAACCCUUUAUUGGUCGGCGUCACCCAUCGCGACAUGAUUCGCUUCAUCGCACAAUUGGCCUCCAAUCCAGACCGAUACUUCUGGGAAGAUCAAGCCCGAAUGUGCCCGCCUCCCGCUGUUAAGGCUGUAGUAGUUGAUCAUUCACGCGAUAUCGAUAAUUCAUUCAUUCUUUCAUAUGAAGAUUCUCCUCGUAUGUAUUAGACUGAUUCAUCUCAGCACCUACGCAUAAUUUCAUCCAGUAUAUAAAUAUAAUUUCCUUCAUGCAUGAUAGAUCUUAAUUUUGUUUCUUUUCUCUUAUUCGCUAGACGAGAGCGAGACUGUUUCAGUUUCUGUCAUUAUUGCGUUCUGAGUUUACAACCAACAGGCAGGUGGCCUAGAACAAUAAUGAAACUUGAGAAAGUGAAUUCUUCAGCUACAACUCAGACUCACACGAGGACGAUCAACAAUCAUUAAACGAGUUUUCUAUCUCGACGAAAGCCACGAUUACCACCACCUUUUCCCCUUUCUCGCUUCUUCGACUUCUAAAACAAAGGGCCGUCUGGAAAAAGAUGAGGAUCCGGCAUUUGGCUUGCGCAGAUUGGAACUUUUUCUUAUGAACGGUGAUCCUAUUUUCGGUGCUGAGUCUGGAAAGCGUCGAGCGAGCGCCUUGGAGAAUCAACUCACCCCAGAGAAACUCGCUCAAAUUUUGCCGAAUGCUGCAGAUGAUGAUGUACUACUUAAUAUUACGAAUCAUGCUUGUUCUUGUUCAGUUUCAGAUAAAAAUUUCUAGGGUUGUUCUACUUCAUGUAGUUCAUCUACUGGUGCUCCUUGAGCAUGCUAGAAGAUAGAAGGUCUUGAAAAUCUAGGUACUUACUUGAGCAUUAAACUGUCAAUAGAACAAGUUCUUCAGACAUCUUCAGCGUCUUCACGCUCGUCAACAUUUGUUCUCCUCCGGUGUACAGCACAUUUGAUUCGUUCCUCACAUCCGGAUUUUUCCCAACAGCAAAAUCAAGUCGAUUUGAAAGAUGUGGGGAUUACUUUCGACGACACGGGUGCUGGACGCAGGGCAGUGGGGCCUAAGCUGUCACCUAUUUGGAUGUCUGGGGAACUGCCCAGUCAUGUUUGCGAGGACGAGGACUCGCAACCAACGGCUAAGGAUUCGAUUAUGGCUUGCCGUAAUUCAUCUUAAAAUAAAGGCAUCUUUGGAUACGAUUUCAAGGGGAAUACAUGUCAAAGAUGCGUCUUAAGCUGAAUAUUAUCGGUAUUAAGCUCUAAUUUCAAGGACGCCAAAUUGGUCAACAACGUUCGUUCCUACUUUGAGCAAGAGGCUUUGACCAAGGUGAUUACCGACUUACAACCAGAUGAUGGAGCUGCUGAUGAUACUACAGGAGCAGAAGGAGCGUUGACGGCUGAUGAGAAUUUGUUGCGCAACAUCGUCCCACCUUGGAUCAAGUACGAGGAUUUCACGAUUGGGGAUUUGCGUGCGACUGGUGCAGUGCCGAUGGCGCUUUGGAGCUACCAUCGGGAGCUUUUUUCCCUGACUGCGGAGUACGUCUUCGUCAAUGAAGAUGGUGAGGAGCUAAAUUAAGGCUCCUUCCGGGAAUCCUUUCCAUGAUCUUCAGAAGCAUCUACUUAAUUAUCUUGCGGCACUCCCCUAUCUCUAAGGGAAAAUCAGACCCAACAAGAGAUGCUGCACCCCUCUAAGGGAAAAACAGCCCCAAGAUGACUUUCUUCAAGUAGUAGAUGGAUUCCGGGAGGGUCAAGAUCUUCUAAUUCAAGGAUGAACAAAAACUCUCGGAGAUUGAUUACCACAUUGCGGGACUUUUUCUGAAACCGCUAUUUGGCAAAGAUGACAAGCGGCCCUCCACUCGAAACAGUUCAACUUCCAGGAGAAGAUCUUCGUACCUACUACUUUGUCACUUACGUACUAUUCAAGAACAGCCAGGCCACGAAUUCUACUUGUCGCUGCUACUUCCGAUGAAUGCUCACUCUGUCUCUGUCUGAACACGCGCCGCCCGCCCAGGAACCAACGCUGAUAUAUUAUAUAUAAGAGGAGCAUGCCGCACAACAUUGCUGCAAGCGCCACGCCCAGGGUAUAUCGCGCCGGUGAUUGCCCAUUUUUGUGAAUGCUAGCCGCCUGCGUAACCGCGAUCGCCCAUUUUCAUGAACGCGGCUAGCCACACGCGUAGGUCGCCCAUUAGGACUAGACAUAAAGCCCGCCGCGUAGCCGCGAUCGCCCAUUUUCAAAGUUUGGCGCCCGCAGCUUACAAGUGAGUGGUCGAGCAAGUAACGAAGAUCGCCUGCUAUUUUGAAUCAUGAAGAUGAGUAUGAAUGAUUGAAAUAGAAUAGGUCCCGCGACGCUCAAAGCACACAAAGUAAAUUAGCCGGCUAAUUUCCCUCGAUGGUUCGGAGAUCGUUCGCAGUCCCUAUAAUUUGCAAUAUGUUAUAUAUUGAUAUUGAUGAUUCUCGUAUUACUCACGAUGUAACAAGCAUCAAGGUAUUACUUCUUCCGCUACAGGAAAGAAAAAGCGCACCACUACCGCUAGUUCUUGUUACUAAGACUAAGUACUAGAAGUUGCAGAAGUAGAACUAGAAGAGCCUAAUGAUCCUGUGCUCAUCCCCUCCUAAGCUAUUCGGGAUGCACAGAAUAGAGUCAACGUCAAUAUCGUUCUUAAAUCAUUCAUAAACAAUACUCAUACUCAACCUCAGCGUGAAACAUUUUCUCCAGGCAACGUCGUAGUUCUUCCGGCAUGGAUGAAAUCCAGCACAUGGUGGAUGAUGAGUCCCAUCCCUAUUUUGCGCUGACGCACGAGCUCGCGUGUAAACUCGCUGGCUAUUCGUCCUUAAAUCAGACUGACGCCAUACGUUAAGGCAAGUGCAUGUUGAUGAAGAUGUUGUCAAUAAAUACUAGUAACGGAGUCGAAUAGAAGGAGCAGGUACCGGCGGAUCUCGAUGUGAAGGAUCCAUGACCUAACCUAACCUAACCUAACUAAGAACUCAUCAGCCGCAUGUAGUUCAUCGGAAACAAAAUCAAAAAGUGGUAGUAGCACCAGCCGCGUCUGUCGUGACUGUGACGCGUCAUACUAAUGAUAGGUGAGAGUGAGUAGAGUUGUAAGAGAGUCCCUCGUGUGUCGUGCUGGGGAUUCUCUUUCUCAACCUAGUAUGUAAUGAUAAUCCUUCUACAAGCACUAGCACGCCCACCCACACUCAAGUUCCUUCUAAGUUAUGGCUUUCUACGGCGAGGAUGGUCCUCGAGUCUCCCAAGUAAUGGAUGCGAGAGUUGAGGACGAAGAAGUUGAGAUGGCUGCCCACAUUGUGAAUGCAUUUUAUGGCAAGAACCCUCUGGCAGUCGACAGCACGUGGACGCGCUUUAUUUUACGGGUUUCCGAAUUACAUCCCUCACUACCUCCAUCCCUGGCGCUUUUCCUAGUAGAAAAGACGCUAGGGAUGUCCGGGAUCGGGGGAGUGUAAUUCCGUAGCCUCUAAUUAUUUUGGAUGCACGCAGGAACUUUGGUCGAGAAAUGGAUGAGUACCGUUCGGGCGAACUCGGUGGUGGGGAAUUGGCUUUCCUGAUAUUCCCGGUGGGAGCGCGCAACAAAGGGCAAGACGAUCUAAAUCAAUUUUUCGACCUGGAUGCGGAACAAGUUACAGAGUACUCUGAGUCCGACGGUUUGUCGAAGUUGAACAAGCUUGUCGUGUGGCACGACAGCAAGAAGGUUUUGGGCAUGCAAUCCUUUUGGAAAGCUGCUGCGGAGGACGGCUUGAAGGGCUAUCCCGUGCGCUGUGAUUUAGCCCGUGCCUUCGGACUCAGUGGGCGUUGGCUUGUCCGCGAAGAGGGCGAACAAUGUUCGACCUUCUACACCUUCAACGACAACUUUACAUUCGCUCGCUCAGAUGCAAAGAAGUAUGGAGACGCCACGUUUUACCGCUUGCAAACUCCCCUCAAUUUAAGGAUUGGAUGAACUAUUGACCACCUAGUAGACCUCUCAUCGAUCUAUGAGCAUAAUUAUAUAUGUUCCAGGGGUCAGCGUCAGGGGUCGGUUCCUUUGGCCGUUCUCUUCCACCACUGUGCUGCACCACAAAUCCAUCCACAACGGGGGGGGCCUCCACCCCUGGAACAUCUGGAGUUUAAAUCUAUGCUGAAUCUAUGAACGUGUGUUAAUAUUCAAUUUCAAGUAGGAAAGUCUACCUCAUAGAUACGAUGUUAGGGGACGAUAGAUAGUUAGAGUGAGUCAUAGAUAUGUUAGGGGAUAGUUAGAUUGGUCAAGAACUUUCGACCCCUGCUAAUGAAUCCUGAAGUAGACCCGCAAAAAAAUGGAAAAAAACGUACUGAAAUUGGAAACAUGCGCUUACCGGAAAAAAACGUUGCUGUGCCUUGUUCGAUGACCAGCACCGAAGCUGCGCCUGGGUUUUCCUUCAACUCCUCUCUAUUAAGGCUUGCCCUAAUCCAUCUUCUGAAGCAUCCUGAGUAGCCUUUUCAAGGGGAAAAGGGGAGCGUGAUGCUUUUCAGGAUGGAUCAGAGUGAGCUCUAACUCCUGGCACCACCGACAACAUUUUGCGUGAUCAGUUCUUCUUCGAUCCUUCGAACAGAGACGCAGCGCCUUUCUUCGAAUGGCCAAGCGAGGACGAUGAAAACAUGGUGACCCGCCAAAUCAUUGACGACAUCGACUUGUGCCCAUCCUUACAUGGUCUUUUCUUAAGGCUCCUACCCCUAAUCGAUCCAUUGAUUCUUCUUCUCUAGGCGUAGGCUACCUCUUCUCUAGGCUACCACAACUACUUAGGGGGAUUCCUCUAGAGUGAUCCAGCCCUCUAGGUAAAGUAUUCUUACUCAAGACAAAAACUAUAGUAGUACUCGUAGUUCACGACAGGUGGAAUGGAUUAUAAUUAUUUGAUAUGGAUGUUGCUGGUUCUAAUUUUCUGUUCUAUCACUUGGCGUGUCUUGGCACCGCAGCCUAAGGAUCAGGCGAUUGAUGUGAACGGUGAAACCGUUGCGAAAAUGAAGUGGACCCGCGUCGACGUUGAAGGUGGCGAGGAAGACAACCUUCCUACUGAUGUGAAGGCCCUGAAGCGUUUGCGCGACGAGGUGAAGGUUACCACACUGGAAUUGCAGGACGAUGAAAGCAUCGCGCAAGUCCGUGUUUAUGUGAACAAUGGUGGUCAACAGGAAUUCGUCAACGCGCAGGGUCUCGACCACGUUGCGGGCGUAAGGGUUGUCACGACAAAGAAACAGGUGCUGCUGUGCGGAAAUACGGAUACGUUCUACUCAAAAGAUACGCACCAUGAAUUCUUGGCCUAUUACGACUUCAACUUUGAUGUUCCAGAUGGGGGAGAACAAGAUAAGGUGUUUGCGGGAUUUCAUGGAGGUUGCCGUAACGGGAAACUUGUGUCAUUGAACGCGCUCAACCGCAAGGAGGCGAAGGGAUUGUUGGCGAUUCCUACCGCUGGGGAAGAUUGUUGAGACUAGAUUGUUGUAUUUAAGCCAUUUGUAAUAUGCAAGUACCAGCGCACCUAGCAGGGGCUAACGCUGAGGUACAUAUUGAGUGAAACUAAAUCGGUACAUAUUAAGUAAAACUAAAUGAUUAUGAUGUAGAAAAUAAAAUGUAAGUACUAGUACUAAAUGACUGCGUCCUCGUUUCUUUGAAGCAGAUGUCGUACUGUUGUCUCGGAGGAGGUCGAGGUAUUUCCAGCGAGCAUUUGUAUUCUAAGCCGUGUAGAAAAGUAUCAUAGUAUCCUCGUCUACGUAUUAACGAUUUUUUUUUAGGUGCACGGACGGCGUCUUCAGAGAAAAAUUUUAUUGAUCAUAUCGAUAUGUAUGAGGAUAUUAACGGUGGAUAUUAAGAAGCUUAAAUAAUAAGAACAAGAAGUUUAUCAUCGCAAGUUAAAGUAACAGUUUUCAAAGCAGUAGAAUUUGGGGGUGUUUCUACUAGAACCAGGACAAGCAGUGACGAUUCUUCUAGCACUUUUACGCAACUACUUCAUUCUCUUGUUGUGCUCCAUGAUUGAUUGUUCAUCGUCCUCGUCCUGGUUGUUACGAAAGAACUGUAAAGUCCGUCAAAUAAGUGACGCUAGCGAAUACGUAGAUCGCGAUAGCUGAAGUGAUUCUAGGAUACUAGAACGACAUCAAGGACUCAUAAUUACAACACAUCAUAAUGCAAAUGAUCGGCAUAUCUGGUUUUGAAAAAAGGAGUAGAAUGUAUCAGACAGAAAUGAUUUGCGCAACAGAUCUCCUGUACUUGCGCAACAGAUCUGUAUUUCUAACGUAAUUUUUUCAAUUUUCAAGAGCGAGAAGCCAGUGAGGACGCGACGUCCUAGCGUAUGUAUUCACCUGCUCUCUUCUCCUACUUAUGAAUGUGGUUGUGCGAGUCCUC